UUUUUUUUUUCUUUUAUCCCUUAAUUAUCGCGAGAACUCCAGAUUUUUUUUUUUUUUUUGAAAAAAAAAACGGGCAAACUUUCUGGUGAAAGGCGUUGUACCAUGGCCGAUUCAUCUUCGCCCACCGAGCGUCCUCAGGACAGCAGGGAUGAUGUGUUGGUGCUGAACAAAGAUUUAGAAAGAAUGAUUGAUGGCGCUGAAAGCAUAUCAGUACAGUUGACCUGGAUGGGUUAUGAUAUGGUGGCACUGCGGACCAGUCCUGAGGUGGGGGCCUCUAUGCGGAAACUUGAAGAGGCUUAUCUCAAGUGCAGAUUGGCCGUGGACGGAAACUGUGACCAGGAGCCAGAGACGGACAAAUGUCCUGAGCCUUCUGCUACAACACUUACUCAGAUGUGAUGUGUGUGUGUUUUUUUAAUUCCAGUUCACAAAUUCUACACUGAGAUUAAGGGGAUACAGUUGUUAAAUCAGUAUUACAUAAAUGAAUGUGUUCAAGUAAAUAUUGCAGUUGCUGCUGUGCCAUCUCAUUUCAUGAAGUAUUUGAACUUGCCUCUCUUUGUCUGACUGCGUUAAAACAUGUGCUUCAUUCUGUAAUAUAGACUGCAGCAUUAUGAUUGUAACCAGUUGAUGUUAGCAUAGCCUGAAAAUAUAUAUUGUUUGUUUUGUGGGCACUGAAGUUAUUUAGUCUGUUUAUCCUGUUAAAUUGAAUAAAUAUAAAAGAAAAUCUUUA